GCCAGAAGUAGGACGAAACGGAGGCGCACCGCACCGCAGCUAGCCCACGCCACCACCUCCUCCAGACCUCCACCUCAUUCUCUCCCACCACCACCUCCACCACAAAGUUCGCGUUGCGCCGCGCCCGGCCCCGCCCAGCCGCGCGGCUCGUCUCGUCUCGUCCCUCUUCGAAAUCCUCCCACGCAAUCGCCUCCCCGCACCCCUGCCCGUGUGACGCGGCCUCGCACUGCCACCGCCCCCCACCCCGGUCCCCCGGGGCGCCGAUCUCGUGUCGCGUCGCCCGGGCGAGGAGGAGGUGGGAGGAUGGGGGCGUGCGUGUCGCGGCCCAGCGCGUGCGUGGGCAAGCCCCACUCGCCGCGGUCCGGCGAUGCCAGCGGCCGCUCGGGCGGCGGGGGUGGGACGCGGCGGAGGCGCAGCCGCCGCGUAGGGAAGGGGCGGAGGACGGCGCCGUCGCGCGCCGCGUCGAUGGAAACCAUUCAGGAGGCCGAGGUGCCCGGCUCGCCGUCCGCCGCCGCCGCCGCCGCCGAUCACCGGACGUACAGCAACCCCGCGUUCCAAGUGUCCGGGAGCAUUGAGGAGGACUGGUACGAUUCCUUGGCGAUGAGCGAGUCGGAUGCCGAAGACGAUUUCCACAGCGUGCAAGAUGAUGCUUUCUCAUUGAAUGGCUUCGAGAAUGAAGCUGCAUUGAGCAUGAAAGAUGGCAACGGUGGGAGCUUCAAUGGAGCUGCGCAAUCAGGCGAGCAGCACCAUAAAAAGCCAAAGUCCAGCGAACUGUCGAAGGGGAGCUCGGAGAAUGGUGUAAGGACGUCCAUUAGCCAUGAAGAUGCGGUGAGUGUUUCUGGUGCGGAUACCACGCACGGUGGAGGUAGGAUACUGGACAAUUGCGGGCUUCUGCCGAAUAAUUGUCUGCCAUGCAUUGCCUCUGCUGUUGGGGUGAACGAGAAGAAGAGAACUCCCUCGAGCCCUACUCAUUCAAUGAAGAUGCCUUCUUUGAAGCUUUCCUUCAAGAAGAAGUCAGGGGAAGCUCAUCCAUCUUCCACACUACUAUCAACGAAGGAUUUCCUGGAAAGGCCUCUAGCAGGUUCUCAAGUACAGUUAUGCUUGCUGGAAACAAAUACGCUCAACAGUUGGUCUCGUAUUGAUCCUGGUACAUUCCGGGUCCGUGGAGCAAACUAUUUUAGGGAUAAGAAGAAAGAGCUUGCUCCAAAUUAUGCUGCAUAUUAUCCAUUUGGAGUCGAUGUGUACUUAUCACCACAGAAACUCAAUCAUAUAUCUCGAUUUGUCCAACUUCCUGACAUUCAACUCUCCAGCAAGCUCCCACCUCUUUUGGUGGUCAAUGUACAGGUCCCAUUAUAUCCGGCUUCAUUAUUUCAGAAUGAAACAGAUGGGGAAGGGAUGAGCUUUGUUUUGUACUUUAGGCUUUCUGAUGGUUACUCGAAAGAGCUUCCACAUUCAUUCAUUGAAAGUAUCAGAAGGCUGGUUGAUGAUCAUGUAGAGAAGAUAAAAGCAUUCCCAAUGGAAACAACUAUACCAUUCCGAGAGCGGCUGAAGAUACUUGGCCGGGUGGCUAAUCUGGAGGAUCUUCCUUUGAGUGCAGCGGAGAGGAAGCUAAUGCAUGCCUAUAAUGAGAAGCCUGUCCUUUCUAGACCACAGCAUGAGUUUUACCUGAGUGAUAACUACUUCGAGAUCGACAUUGACAUGCACAGAUUUAGCUACAUCUCAAGGAAAGGUUUUGAAACAUUUUUGGACAGGCUAAAAGCAUGCGUUUUAGAUGUUGGGCUGACAAUUCAGGGAAAUAAAGCUGAAGAGCUGCCCGAGCAGAUCUUAUGCUGUGUUAGGUUAAAUGGGAUAGAUUACACCAAAUAUCAGCCUCUUUUGACUCACGGUGCCUGAAAUCAAGGCUUACAGGAAUCACCUAACCUUUAAUUUGGAUGCUGUGAGGUAACCAUAACUGGACCAGACUCCUGGAAAUUUCAGACCAGAGCCGCUGUCGACUAUCACAGCUUCUGCCGAAACGCCAUCGUCCGAGCUUAGUUCACACAAGUAACAUUAACAGAGGGUCAAUCACUCAGUGACCAUUGGCUAAUAUAGUUGAAUCCGUGGUGCUGUGCUAGUAUAGCCGUUUCUUUCUGCAAACGUGGAGAAAAAAAGGUGGGAGACUGCGGUACAUGUAAAUGUGUAAAUCAUUGCUGGAUAGCUUCGGUUGCCUCCGGCGGCAGAUUCAGGGAAAAAAUUAGGAGCUGAACAAAAACAGUACAGCGUGAUUGAUCGCUUUGCUCGGCUGCGAUGUGGAG